AUGGCACCUGAGAAGUGGUACUCUGAGAUGAUUCUCAAUUCAAAGCCCCCAGGCCAGGGAAGGGAGACACUUCCCACGGCAGCAGACCUCGAAGCCAACCGGCCGCUUUUUUCCAGGGCGUCCACCCUUCAAGGAAAUCCACGUGAUCAGACGGCAUCCAUUCUCCUUUCAGACAAAAGCUCGCAACGACCCCGAAGAUGGUUUUGGCCUGAUUGGGAUUUCCGAAUCAACGCGCGAGUCGUAUCUGAUGCGAUUCUGGGUCUUUCGGAUGGACUCACCGUCCCAUUUGCUCUCACUGCCGGUCUGACAGCGCUGGGCGACACCAGAGUGGUCAUCCUUGGAGGGCUGGCAGAGCUGAUCGCGGGAGCAAUAUCAAUGGGGCUUGGAGGAUAUGUCGGUGCCAAAAGCGAAAUUGAAUCUUUUAACGCCACCGACCGCACCUGUAAUCAACUUCUCCUGCACGAACGGCAAGCCGCAAGAGACUUUGUCCAGGAGUAUUUCCAACAGUUUGGACUGUCGGCAGAAGAGACGAAACGAGUGGCCGAUCACAUGGAAGGGUCACCUCUCAUGCUCAAAGACUUCCUCAUGCGGAACCAUUUUCAAGCAUCCACGCCAGACACGGGUCGACCGUAUCUGUCAGCACUCACGCUGGGCAUCAGUUAUUUCAUCGGCGGUUUCAUUCCAUUGAUACCAUACUUCAUCGUUGCACGGAAUAACGUUCUGGCCGGAUUGUGGUGGAGCAUUGCACUUAUGGCAGUCGUGCUGCUGAUCUUUGGAUAUGUCAAGACGGGAGUCGUUCGGGGUUGGGCUGGAAGGGAAAACUACCAGGCUUGCACGGGAGGAGCGUUGCAAAUGUUGGUGGUGGGUGUUAUCGCCGCUGGAGCAGCAGUGUGUCUGGUGCGAUUGAUCAGUGGAGAAUGA